AUGAAUCUGAACCGCAUGCCACCUCCCGAAAGCCCGCUGGCACCGCCAGGUCCCCAUGCUGCAUAUGAACCCGCAUGGCGACCUCCGGGUGCCUACCCGCCUCCCUUCGACAGUCACCCGGAUUCCCGCCGUUCCUCCGCAAACUCCCAGACUCCCCUCCCACCACAUUCCUAUCCCGUUCUACCGGACCGACAGCUGCCUCAGCUGACCCAGGAUAGCACCUAUGGCCGUACGCCAAAUGGCUUGCCGCCAACGGCCAUGUCUCCCCCCGUACAUUCCCCGCAGGACCCCAAUCCCCCUCACCCCAACUUUCGUCCCCCAAUGAAUGGCGCGCACGACGGUUCCCCCGAGUACCGCGCUCGUAUGGGCUACCCACCGCCAGACCAGAUCAACGGCGACCACACGCCUUCGUCCGGUCCACUGCCUCCGGCUUCACAGUUUAUGACGCCAGUUCCACAAAUGGCGACCUCUACACCGCCAGGGUAUGAUCCUGCUUUCUACCAGAACCCGGCGUAUGGGCGCCAACGCAAGGCUGCGCGAGCUACGCAGGCUUGUGAUCAAUGUCGAACCAGGAAGGCCAAGUGUGAUGAGGGAAGACCGAACUGCAGUCAUUGCAAAGAGAACAGUCUGACGUGUGUCUAUAAAGAGGUGCCACCACACAAGCAAGAAAAAACAACACAGGUGUUGUUGGAUCGAAUUGCACAGUUGGAAGAACGCUUGGAUGCUCGCAUGGGAGAGAUGAGCGAAGCACAGAAAGAUCAGGAACGGUUGCUUAGAUCUUUCUCACUGGAACACAAGUCAACAACGCCGGGGCCUGUUAAGGCUAGUCUGGAAUAUCCUAUGCCGACAGAAUAUCCUGUGCCGACACCACCUGUGCCAGUUGAUCAGAAACCGGUACUUAAACAGGAGGCGCCUUUGAUUCCGGCAACUCCUCCUGUUCCCGAGCUAGCGAGGCAGGACACGGGUCCGCCGGGCUUUCCCGAUUUGGCAGCGGCAGCGGCCGAAGAACCAGAUGGCGAAUUGUCUAUCCCUGUGGAGCAUACAACAGCAGCUCACAAGUUGUUGAUGUGGCCUUCAAUCAAGAAGUUGCUAAACCCGAAGGAAUACGAUGAGGAUUACGUGAUGAGAUUGGAGGAAGAGCGUGGUUUGAUCAGCAUUUACGGCCAAGGAGAGAUUUCUUACACCGCCGAUGACAGUCAGUUACCUACAGACGGCGGGUUCGACGGGGCCCGACCUGAUGGAGAUGGCGCGGGGCUUGACGCGGAUGUCGAUAUCGACAAGUUCGGUAACUUGAAGUUAGAUGUCGGAACCGCGCAACGCUACUAUGAGUGUUAUCUUGGCAAUAUGUACAAGCUCCACCCAUUCCUCGAGCAGGGUGAACUCGACCAGAAAGUGGACAGAUUCAUUCGGUGCUAUUGUCGCAUCAACACAUCCCCAAGCUCCACAUCAAACGUCCGUUCAAGUCGUGAUGGGCCGCCACCAGCCAAGAGGAGGCGCUCAAACGAUCACAUGGGCAUUCGAGGCGAGUUCAUGGAGACUCCCAUCAGUCCGAUGCGACCGCGUGUUGGAAAAAACAUUGAUAAUGCUAUUGUGCUGUUGGUCCUUGCCCUUGGUGCAAUUUGCGAAGUCCCUGCUCCUCUUCCUGGGCCGAUCAUGGAUCAGAAGAUUGAUUACCGCACCCAACACAUCCCCGGUCCACUCACGCCCAUAACUCCUGCUCCACCGAAUCAGAACGGACCGUAUGCCCCCAAUGGGGUGCUAUCACCUGCCAACUCUGAACCUGCCACCUCCCUUGUCAUCUCACAACCUCUCUACGCCGUUCCAAUGCAGCCUGCUAGCCAGUCCUUCCCCUCGACAUUGUCGACAUUAGGCGAAAACCGAAAGAACCUUUCAAGACGAUCUGUUUCUGCGGUUCGCGACGAUCAGGGUAACACCAAGAAAAACUAUCAGGUCAUUGCCGGACUCACCAUGUACGGGUAUGCCACUUCAAUUCUGGGCUACCUGCAAGGCGGCAAUGAACUGGAACACGUGCAAGGAGGCUUGCUUGCUGGACUUUACGCCGGUCAAUUGGCUCAUCCGUUCCAAAGUCACAGUUGGAUCUCCCAGGCUUCGAGGGCCUGUCAAGUUCUGGUGCGAUCAAAACGGUAUGAAAGACUCGCCGAUGGUCCUGUGCUGGAUCUCUACAACUUCGCCUACUGGACGUGCCUACAGCUGGAGAGUGAUUUGCUUGCCGAGCUCGACAUUCCCGCAAGUGGAAUCUCGCGCUCUGAAAGCCGAAUGGCCACUCCCAAAGGAAAAUUCACAAUCAGCCUGCCAGAUGACCUCAGCUCGCCUCCAACCAUGAUGAUGUUGUUCUAUUCGGCUCAGAUCCAUCUGCGCAAGGUCCUCAACCGUGUUCACACGGAUCUAUACAAGGUUGAAAAGCAGGGUCAGCAGCGGUGGUCAUCAACUGUCCAAGAGGUCCUGAGCAUGAACCUGGAUCUAUGGCGACAAAGCCUUCCCGACAGCAUGAAGUGGGCUGAUGGUGGUCCCCCAUCCGAUGAGAUCAACGCCGCUCGCAUGCGCGCAAAGUACUACGGUGCCCGCUACAUCAUUCACCGUCCUCUCCUUUACCAUGCUCUGCACUAUGGUCACGCAGGUGCCCGCAUCGGUCCCGUUGGCCAGGCGGCAGACUCACCGAACGCCUCACAAUCUUCACCCUCUGUGUCCCAUAAAACCACCAGCCGAUCCUCACGCAUGUCACGCAUGCCCAGCGACAUGGGGUCCACACUACCUGCCGCUCUUGCUAAGGACUGGACUCCUCCCAAUGUCAGUCUGCGCGAUCUACCCAAAAAGCUACGACACGCCUGCAAGAUUUGCGUUGACUCUGCAAUCUCCAGCACUGAGGCCUUCGACGGUGUUAUUGGUCACAGACUGGUAGUGACUAAUAUUUUCGGCACAGCCCAUGCACAAUUUGAGAGCUCGUUCCAGAGCCGGUUCUGGAACGUCUCCUCAGACGUACAAUUUCCUUCCUCGCUCAAAGCGAACAAAUCUCCCCCUACCCUCCGCGCCGACGCCCGCAUUCUCACUGAGAUCUAUGAAAAGAUCUUCGGUUAUCCCCCGGACAUGGUCUCCUACAACAACAGCAUGAAAUCUCAUUAA